AUGGAUCCAAGUACUCGCAAAAAUGGUGUGCCAAAAACGCAGAAAGCUAAAAUUCCACCUACACUAAAGCCAAAACCUCCUAAACUUUCUACGACACCUUCAAAUAGAAUUGAUAGUGAGCCAAAUUCAUCAUCCACUCAUAAACAAUCGAGUCCGAACACAAUAAUGAUCCGUGGACCAAAUAUUAAUAGGCUAUCAAGUGUUUUCGAAGAUCCAAAUCUAACAGCAGAUCAAACGAUUAUCAAAUCCCGUGUCGCCCCGUCGCUUCCUUUGUCACCAAAAUUGCCUGUCCCUAUGGUUAAGAAAACUUACAUAAAAAAAUCCAUCUCACGUGAUAAUAUUGCGAGUGAGAAAAAGGCGAAUAUUGAUGAAUCUUCAUUAAUAUUUGAUGAUAUCAAAGCGAAAUUUCAACAAGCUGACGAAAGUGAUUGUGCAAUUCCUAUUCAGACAAAAAAAUUUGCCAGUAAUCGUUCUAUUGUAUUAUCAAAAAGCCCAGAUGAAAUAGUAAGUACACCUACUAGCUUACACAAACGUACAAGUAAUACCAAUAUUAAGGAAACAGGCUCAUUCGCUAGUAAUGAAAAUGGUAUCGACCUUGAUUGGGUUGAUAUACCAUAUAUUAAUAAAGUAUUAGAGAUGAAUGAGGAAAAUAAUUUAAAUGAUUCAGAUAUCAUGUCACAAACAUCAAAUUCAUCAAUUAGUAAAAAUCUUGGGAGAAGUAAUUCACAUAGUGCCCAAUCUUCAAAAAGAAAUUCUAUUGUUAUACCAUCAAAUGAUUUUGAAGCGAAAAGAGCUAGCAUUGCGAAUUUACUUUCAGGAUCAUCUCCGAUUUUAGUACGGCCCAAGGAUUUACACCUAGAGACCUCAAAAGCUUUACCUCCGAUACCAACGCGGUCUCCCUCACAAUCUCCAUCUAUAAAAUUCAUAUCUCCUAUUUCAGAUACAAAUGGUGGAUCCAAAAGCGAAAUAUCGUUGACAAGUUUUUCAAGCGAAACAACACUUGUCGAAGAGGAUGAAUAUUCAAUUGAUCUAAAAAGGCGUAAAAAACUGUGGAAUGUCAUAAAAGAGUUAGUAGAAACUGAAAGGAUUUUCUUUCAAGACAUGGUACUUUUGGAAAAGGUUUAUUUUAUACAAGCACAAGAAGUUCCUAUUUUCAACCCAUAUGAUUGUAAAACAAUAUUUAGCAAUCUUCCGGAUAUAAUAGACUUUUCGGAGCAUUUUUUAAAUUCAUUGCUUGUAGCUAGUGGAAUCGGGGAAGCAGAUGAUGACCCUGAAAAACAUUACGAACUUGAGAAUGAUAAUACAAGUAUCGGAGAGGAGUUUGCGCGGAUGAUGAAAAAGUCUCAAGGUGAGGAUAGCAGAUUAGAGGCAGUUUAUGGAGAAUAUUGCAAAAGACAUGAAGCAGCCGUUCAGAAACUUCAGGAAUUCGACAAUGAUGAAGAAGUUCAAGGGUUUUUACAGAAAUGUAAAAGCCAAUGCGAGGGUCGAACGAGAAGUUGGGAUAUUGCCAGUCUUUUAAUCAAACCAGUGCAACGCGUAUUGAAAUAUCCGCUAUUAUUGCAACAAAUUUUGUCCCUUACAAAACCUUCACACCCAGAUUAUGAGCAUCUUAAAUUUUCUUUUUCAGAAAUUACGAAAGUUGCAGAACGUAUUAAUGAAAUAAAAAGGCGCAAAGAUAUAGUUGAAAAAAUUGUGGGCAGUAAAAAAAAGUCAGAUGCGGAUAUAAAGCAUGCUACUGGUAUUGCAAAGCCUACUGAAGAUGAACUCUAUAAAGCUUAUGUGACCAAAUUUAAAACUUUAGAACAAAAAGGGAUUCAACUAGCUAAAGAUGUGAGAAAUUGGGUAAAGCAUGUUAAAAUGUUUUUUGAAGACCAGCAACGCUUGGCAGCUGCAAUCGAGGACUUUUAUAUAUUAGGAGUUGCUGCUAAUAAAACUUCGGAUGAUUGUAUCAGAAUUGUAGAAUAUGUAAAAGCCAUCAGAAGCUUUUCAAUAUCAUGCGGGAAAGAAAUGGAAGACUCGAUAAAGAAAAUAAUAUAUCCUCAAAUUGAAAAGAGUUUAGAUCUUUUUAAGGCACCUGCAGCUGUAAUGAAGAAAAGAGAACGAAAAAUUUUGGAUUAUGAUCGGGCUAAUUCAAUUAAAGCUAGGGGUGCAACACCUGAUAAAACGCUUCAACAAUCUGCAGACGCUUUUGUGUCGAUUUCAGCUCAACUCCAUGAAGAAUUACCCAUGUUUUUUAUAUACAUAACUGAAUAUUUUGACAUAAUUGUGCAUGAAUUAAUUAAAAUUCAGGCGAAAUUUUACAGGCAGAUGGAUAUGGAUUUCCGACAAUAUUUUUAUAAAUUUGUAGACAUAGAGGCCUUACAGCAAAUAUCUGAUGAUAGAGAAUUGGUUCUGAGGGAUAUAGAUGUAACGACAGAAUAUACAGAUUAUUUCCAUGGUUCAUUAGGAAUGGAAGAUCGAUUAAAUAAGUUGUUUAUUUUGAAUAGUAAGCAAGGUUUGUAUUAUUGGACAAUGAUAUUUGUAAUUAUCGCAUGCAAACACAGAAAUGGUCGAAGAUCUAGUUUUUCAGAGUCACUUGGAUCUUCAGGUUCGUCAAAGCAAGCAGAAGAUUCGCAAAAUCGAACAGGACGGUCGCCAUCAUGGUAUUCGGAUCAUUCACUAAAUAGCAGAAUACAAAACUCCUUUGGAUUUGAUGACUCAGAUAAUGAGAACCGAUCUAAAAACUUUUUAGACGACGGUUUUAAUUUUCAGGAAAUUAAAAUUAGAUCACAACAACGGUAUAGUGCUCACAAAAAGUAUGCUACUGAUGGUGUUAUAGAUCGUCGUUCAUUAGAAGAUGAUGACGAUGAUGUGUUUCAUGAUUCCUUGACCGGCGAAGAGGAUGACGAAUCCCUAUUUUUAUGUCAAACUAUUCAUACAAAUAAAUCGAAAGAAAAAAAUGAAUUAAACUUUAAACCAGGAAUUUUGCUCAAAAUUAUACACAUAGAUGAGAGUGGAGAGUGGUGGUUUGCAGUCAAUGAGGAUACUGGAGAGAGGGGAUGGGUGGAUCCAGCAUUUGUUGAAAGAAUUGGUUAA